GCGGCAUGCCUUGACGCUUAACACGAGCGAAAACAAAGAGUUAGGCGGGGGCAGGCGGGCAGCCUCUAGGCAGGAACGACGUCGCGCCUCUAUCCUUCUCCUCCACCAUUAGAAAGGGAGGCAGACUGUGAAGAUUGAAACAGUGCCAAGAAAUGCACUAGUUCCUUGAAUUGCUGCAAAGUUAGGGCGGUAGAGAACUUCAAUUUCUUCCAGUAGAUACUGUAUUCGAAUUGAUGAAGGAGCUGAUUAGGACUGUAGAUGGAGCAUGCAUUUUGGGGUCAUUUGCCGUUAUUGGUCAGAGCAAACUCCAAGGAAUCGGUGGAGUACAUACUUCAAGCUCUCUGGAGAACCCGAAAGACCGGUCUCGAUGCUGCUGACCGUCAGGUCAUAUGCGACAUGCUCAACAUUCAAAACGACUCCGACCUCGAUCCUCUAUUGGUAUGUCUCCGGAUGUUGAUCAGAAGGUGUGUUUAUGAGAAUAUAAGCAAGGAUGAGAUUCAAAAGCUAUUUCCCAAAGAGGUUCUUCCUGAACUGCAAAGGCUAUUAACAAUUUUGUUGCAGAAGUUUCAGAGAGAAUGGCAGGAAGACGUAUUCAAAGAUCAGGUUAUUUUGCCCCGCUUGAAGACAAUGACGUGGAAUAUGGCUAAUCAGGACACAGCUGAAGUGACUGAACCCAUGGCUGUUAUAAAUUUGAAGCUCCAAAAUGAUGUACCAUCUCACUCGGGAGAAUUGGAAGUAAAGUUUCAAUUAACUAAAGAUACUCUAGAAACAAUGGUAAAGUCCAUGUACUGCAUAAGAGACCAGCUGUCUGACAUGGAUGUUGCAUCAAAUAGGAGGCAUUUAUCCCAGGAAACCAACACAGUCUAGUUUUUUGUAAGCUUCUAUGUAAUGGGAUAGCUUGGACUUGGAAACUAUUUUGCUACAGGAAAUUACUUGGCCUGCUGUUCUACAGAUUGAAAUUAGCUGGGUUACAGAAAUAUGUAAACAUUUUGUUUUCCAAUUGUUUCGCUGUUGGAGGCACAACAUCCUGACUGCAAGUGUCAAGGUUUUAUUCGUAAUAUGAAGGUACAAUUUGAUUGGUAAAAUUUUGUAUAUUAUUUUCUCAUAUGUGAUAUUCCUGCACUUUAAUUGGUGUGACUCUCACGGAGAUUUAGAUUGUUGUGAAUCAAAUAAACACUCUCAAAGCUAAAUGCUUUUUCCCUAA